AUGGGGCUUCUGGUGGAGAAGCAUGAAAUGAUGAAAGUUUCUAAACAAUCUGUUGUGUGGGUGGCAAAAAGGGACAAUCUUAUCACUGCCUCAUCAGGAAUUCUCUCGAGCAACCCAUAUGGGAACCUUGUUCUUUAUAAUGAUCCUGACCAAAAAGUUCUGCUCUGGUCUGCAAAUGGACGGUUGUCAAAAUUUAUUCGAUCAGAAGACGACCCUGGAGACUACUCGAUUAAGCUCCAUAUGAUGGGCAUACGGCAAAUCUUUCUAUACAAGGGCUCGAGACCUCAAUGGCGAGCCUCCCUGUGGCCAUGGAAGAUAUUCUCAGAUAUAUGCAACUACAGUUACGCAUUCAAUCAAGAGGAGAUAUACUUUUCCUACCAUCUCAAAGAUGCUCCUAUUAUCCUAAAAGUAAUUGUGGAUGAUUCAGGAUUCAACAAGUGGCUAAGGUGGCACAAGAGUGAUAGCUAA